AUGCUACAUCGGUUGGAAGUAGCCCACGACGCUUUCUACGAGCAAGUUUUUCACGACAACGACAAUCGAUCUGUUGCGGGGCUUGAAUCCUUGCUAUGCGCCCCUGAUGCUCCGCUCGAAUUUAGUCAGCAGGACAAGUGCAUGUACUGGAUGAUGUAUGAGUGGUUCCAAUGGUGGAAUACCUGCUUCGGUUUGUAUGUCGAGGACCCGGGGCAUCGAUUCACGGAGGAAGAACAUCGCCUAGUCUUGAGACUCAAGCUACGGCAGAAGACAUGGGCAGCCCUGCUGAAGGGCGAUAA